AGAGAAUCUUUUUGUUUGAUCCUAAGCUGCAAGCAAGACCCUUUUUUGCCAAGUUUUUAAGGUCAAAGCUAGCCUUCGUGGUUUGGUUCGUUUGAAAAUUAGGCCAUUAGUUUUUUUCUUCCAGAAUUAAAAAUAGGGGUAAAAUGGGAAAUGUCUUUGUUUUUUCUUUCGUAUAUAAACUCUGAGAUUCCUGAGAAGACUGAGAAAGAGAGCGUAGAAAGGAAAACGAAAAAACAGAGUACCCGACAGAAUUUGAAAACAAAGGCUGAAAUUUGAAGAAACAGAGAUCGCUACUGGGUGUGAAAUAUAUGGCAGAGGUUGUUUUGUUAGUCGAUGAUUUGAAACUGCUUUCUGGGAUUCCUCGCUGUAGAAUUUGUCAUGAAGAGGAGUUUGAAAGCAUAGAAACCUUGGAAGCACCUUGUGCUUGUUCUGGAACCGUUAAGUUUGCUCAUAGAGAUUGCAUACAAAGAUGGUGCAACGAGAAAGGAAAUACAACCUGUGAAAUAUGUCUCCAGAGGGAGGAAGAAGAAGAGUCAAACGAAAGAACAGAGAUAACGGUUGAAGGAGUUGCAGUGGAAAGCGAUUACUCGGAAUGCAGUUCAGGCGGUGACAGAAGCGCGUCUUGCUGUCGAUCCCUUGCAAUAGCUUUUACAAUUGUCUUGCUAGUAAGACAUUUUUUCGCAGUGCUUUCAAAUGGAACGCAAGAUUACCCAUUUACUCUACUUACUGUCAUUAUAUUAAAGGCUAGCGGAAUUAUUAUACCUAUGUACAUAGUUAUUAAGAUUGUUGGAGCCAUUCAGAACAGUAGUGAGCAGUAUCAGGAUUCUGACGAUGAAGAUGAGAUACGUCAUAAUGUAAAUUUAAGACAUUCAUAGAUUAUUUGUUUACUGUAUAAGAAGGGCAUUAUGUGAUGCUCGUCAAAUAACAUUUUGCGCCACAAUUUGAGAUAAUGGAAUUCAGAACGGAAUGCACAUUCCCUUACCCCCGCCCAAGACCAGUAAAGUACUAGGUAGGUCCUUUGGGCGUCCGAUCCCGGUACAUAUCAUAGAAAAAGUUUAAUAACAUUUAUCAUACAGAUGUAACUUUUUCAGUUCUUAUAUUUAAAGAAUAUUAUUUAUUUAAA